AUGAAUGAUGCGGCAAUUGAACAGACAACUGCAGCGGUCAAUUUGGCUGUACAGCGGUUGCACAUGUACAAAGAGGACGCUGAUAUUGCGGCACAGGUGCUGAAACCAGCAUCAAAAAAACGUGCCAAGAAGGGGAAGAAGGCAAAGGACCUUGAGAAUGAGGAAGACGACGAUGCGACAGGAUUGAUUCCAAUGUCAUUGUAUGCAGAUGAAGUGGCUACAUACAAGGGGACUGAGGUAGAGAUGCAACGGGUCACCGAGCAAGGUCCCAAAUUUCGUCCCGUUCUGGAAAUAGGCGGCGCGGCCACGGACUCACGGUCACCGAAGAUGGUGGUCAUCACCUUCUACAACGGACAGGCCUCACUGAUACGACAGUUGAUGGGUGAUGUGAGCAUUCCCGUGCACACGGUGGAUAGCUUUCAGGGCUCCGAAGCCGACAUCGUGCUCUUGUCCUUCGUGCGCGCUAACGACCAGGGCCGCUUGGGCUUCCUCCAGGAGUUCCGGCGCCUGAACGUGGCGCUCACCCGCGCGAAGCGCUCUCUGAUUGUCUUUGCCAAUUGCCGGGCCUUGGACGCCAAGUCGACCUCGCAGACCUGUGACGUGGGGGCGCUGCUGGCCGAUGCGCAGAAGCGCGGGCGAGUCUGGGAGGAGAAUCAAGCGACAGAGACCUUCUUUGGCCCCACUACGCGACGGGAUGCGAAGAAGAGCAGGCGCAGCACGCUGAAGAAGCGACCGAGGACGCCGUCUCCAAGAGAUGACGUCAGGCCAACGAAGAAGUUGCGGAAACGUCGUUUGGACGUGCCGACGGCGCCGCGGAGCCGCGCGGAGCGCGCGGAGCCGGUGAAGCUUCCAGAUGCUGAUGGUGACCGAGGUGAGAAGAUCUCCGCAGCUGCUCCGGAGCGGCCCGGAAGGGCCGCCCGGGAGAAGUCUCCAUACCGUGAAGCGGUAGAGAUCGCCGCCGUGGCGCGCUCGCGCUCGCCCACUCCCCCGCCUGGCUUGCGGGAAGUGGAGGGGCCUCUCUUGGAUGGCCUUCCAGGUGUCUUGUUGCGAAUGAAGGGACUGGACUCCUUGACCAAGCUGCUAGGCAUGCUGGAGAGUACCAUUUGCGAGCCUGCCCAGCGGUCAACACGCGUGUAUGCCAACGAAGGGACCAUGUCCUUCGAGCAGUUUCAGCUCAUGUGCGAGGACAAAGGCUUCGGUGACUUGGAGGAGGAGGAAGUGGCGGCGGCCUUCGUCCGCAUGUCCGGUGCGAAGAUCGGCAUCGAUUACACCACGUUUUUGGACUGGCGGAAGACGCAAGACGACCGCCAGAGCGGGCUACGCUUCCGCUCGGAGGAGGAGAAGGAGAUGGUGCAUCGCGCCAAGAAAUCCUUCUUUGCAGGGACAGGUGGAUGCACCCGGAUGACGAAGGAGGACUUCCAGCUGAAGUGCUAUUUCGCCGGGUAUUGCCUCAGCCAGGAGGAGCUUGAAGAAGCUUUCCGGGAGCUCGACAAAGACGGCUCCGGCUACAUUGACUUCCCGGAGUAUUUGCGGUGGCGCCAAGGCGACAAUCGAUUUGCACAUUUGUUCCAUGAUGCGAGCGACGAACACUCGGAGUACAUCCGACAGGUGGGCGACUUCUUUCGGGCCUAUGACGAGGAGCUGAAAGGUCAGCUCUCUGUGGAGCAGUUCCGGCCUCUCUAUGAGAGCCUGGUGGAGCAGGGCGAAGUCUCCGAAUGCUUCGAGAACGUGAUCCAACAGGUGGACACCAAUGGCGACGGUCAGGUUUCGCUGAAUGAGUUCAUUAAAUGGUAUGCCGAGACUUGGGAAACCAAUGAAGACAGCGACGCUGAAGCGUAG